GACGAUGGCUGAAGAUAGCAGCGCCCAACAGGCGGAGAGUUUUUACUUCACCCACGAACCACCGCCAAAAGACUUGAAAGCGAACACGACGCUCGCUCGCGAAUUCAUCAACCGCCAUGCCACCGACAAUCGCCGUGUCGUGCUUGUCACAUCAGGCGGUACCACAGUGCCCCUAGAGCAGCAGACGGUGCGCUUUAUCGACAACUUCUCUGCUGGUACACGUGGUGCCACCAGUGCCGAGUACUUCCUGCAGAACGGCUACGCUGUCAUUUUUCUGCAUCGCCAGUUCUCGCUCCUUCCAUACUCGCGGCAUUAUUCGCAUAACACGCGGUCCUUCCUCGACUAUAUGAGGGAAGAAGAUGGACGUGUCAUUGUUGAUCAGCAACACCAAGAGCAGAUGCUGCGCGUGCUGCGCCAGUACAACGAAGCUAAGCGCGACAACAAGCUGCUUAUUCUGUCGUACGUUACCAUCACCGAGUACCUGUGGAACCUGCGCGAAGUCGCCCAACUGAUGCAGCCACUGGGACCGAAAGCUAUGUUCUACCUGGCUGCUGCCGUGUCCGACUUCUUCGUGCCCCAGGACCGCAUGGUGGAGCACAAGAUUCAGUCCAACGAGGAGUUUCUGCAGAAUGCCGAGGCCAGCGGUAAUGGCAAACCACCUGCCGCCCGCACCGAGGGUCGCAGUCUUGUCAUAGAUUUAGAGCCUGUGCCUAAGUUCCUGAAGCAACUAGUGGACGGUUGGGCACCCGAGGCCAUGAUCGUGAGCUUCAAGCUUGAAACGGAUCCUUCCAUACUCGUCAAAAAAGCGCAAUACGCGCUGAACAAGUACUCCCACCACCUAGUUAUCGGCAACCUUCUCCUUACUCGCAAAUGGGAAGUCGUCUUCGUCUCCGUACUCAAUGGCGAGAAAUGGAUUCGAGUGCCUUGCAGUCGCAGGACGAAGAGUUUCUCUGGUGUACAGUCGCUCGUGGGCUCUGCAGACCAGCUGGCAAAGACUGUUGCAGUAGAGGCUGACAGGUCGGUCAGUGAUCAAGGCGGUGUUCCACAAGGCGAACCAGCAGUGGAGAUUGAAUCCCUGAUCAUACCAGAGAUUGAAACUAUGCACACAAAACUUAUAGAACAAGCUCGGACAAGAGCUGGGGCUUCAUAGCAUCUACCCAUAGACGGUAGGCCCAGAAUGAGAUUCGCUG